AGAAAAAACUAACCAUAUCUAAUAUAAGACAUAAUGAACGUAAUUGAGAGGUCACAGUCUCACUUAAAGACAGUGGAUUUGAAAGUGUUCUGGCCAAAUGUCACAAGAUUGUCGGGCACUUUAAGCAUAGUCCAUCUAACGCUCAGGAAUUAAACGAACAGCAAGUUGCACACGGACUUAAGCAAGAAUCACUUGCUCAGGACGUUCCAACAAGAUGGAAUUCUACGCUGGAGAUGGUAAAGAGGAUCCAGAGAAACAAAUCUCCACUGACCACUACCCUGGCGCAGCAAAAGAGCAAGGUUGCCAUGUUGACUGACCAGGAGCUUGCCAAACUGCAAAAGCUGGAGGAACUACUUGAACCUUGCAAAUAUGUGACUGAACUGCUGGGGGGAGAGCAGUAUGUCUCCUGUUCAGUGGUCUUGCCAGCCUUAUGCCACUUGUUCAGAGUUAUGGAGCCCUCAGACGAUGAUCCAGUUUAUGUUCUGAGGUUCAAGAAGGCCUUUACCACAGACCUAGCUCAACGGAAGGAUAGCACCAACCUCAAAUGGCUGAAGAUCACUACUGCCCUUGACCCUAGGUUUAAAGACCUUAAGUGCCUUCCAAAAGAUGAAAGGAGUGAGGUAUGGGCUUCAGUACAUGAUCUGAUGAUGAGAGAGACACGUGCACAACAACCACCUGCUAAGACAACAGAGGAGCCGUCACCAAAGAAGAGGAGGACGUCCAUCUUGCUGGGUUCUUCUGAUUCAGAUACAGAUGACGAGGAGGAGUCCAUAGAGCAUUGUCUGGAUCGCUACAAAGCAGAGCCAAAAAUGGACAUAGAGGGGUGUCCACUACAAUGGUGGUCAAAGAGAGAGGGAGCACAUGCCAGUCUGGCACCCAUUGCACGCAAGUACCUGUCAACCCCUGCAACUACAGUGCCUUGUGAGAGGUUGUUCUCACUCUCAGGCCACAUCAUUCAAAAGAAGCGAGCUUCUUUGUCCCCCGAUAACAUAAACAAACUGGUCUGCCUCAGUAACUGGCUGAGUGUAAAGAAGGACUAAGUAAAUUAUGUCUAUGGAGUGAAAAAUGUUCAAUGUUCUGAACUUUCAACAAUAUCUUUGCUCAUUCUUUUUUGUAUUUGCACUGUGCAUAUGUGCACCUU